AUGAAGAUUCGUGUUUUCUGUCUAUUAGGUGCUGCCAUUGGAUCAAGUGUUUCUGGUCAAACAACUUCAGGAAGUUUGGAAACGGGGACUUCGAAUACUUCGGAACCAAAUGCAAUUGAACAAACGACAACAUCACCAACGUCUGAUAGUUUUUCAACACCAAAUGGAACAACAUUGAAUUCAACUGAGACCACGCAAAGUUCUAUGAUUUCUGGAAAUAUGACAAUGGGAAAUUCAAGUACUGAUGCAUUUGUGAAUCUUGAGACGAAAACAUACCCUCAAGACUCGUAUCAUAUGCCACCUGUACGUGUGAUUCAUGCACGAGUACAAAGUGAUGCACCGAUGCUUGUUGAUGGAGUCUUUGUCUCUAGUUUUGGUGAUGGAGAUUUGGAAGCAGGAUAUCUCAGUGCUAUGGAUACAGUCAAUACUGCUUCAGUUGAAGGUGCAUUGAUGUAUGUUCAAGCUGAAGGCAUUAAUGUGAAUGUUCGUGCUGAAGAAGAACGUUGUGUACGAAAGUCGGAAAUGGCUUAUAUUGUCUUUUAUGAGAUUCUCAUUGUACAAACAAAUGAAACAAUUGCUCAAUUUCAAGAUACAUGGGGAGAAACACCAGAAUAUGGACCAAUGCUUCCAAUGGAUAGUGGUCGUUGUUCUCCACUUUCUGGAAAAGAUGAUUUUCCAGCUGGAUGUCUUCAAUUCAAUGGUGAUGAUGGACAACCUAAUGUUGGUCCGUUUAUUGGUGGUGGGAUCAAAGAUGAUGAUGUGCGAGCACCAUAUCCCGAUAAUUAUUGGUUCUCUUUCCCUGGUACCUGUCCACUAGAAAGCUGGGGCGAUAAGACUGACAAAUGUCGCAGUAGUACACGCAAGGGAUUGUGUGAUUACGGAAAAGGACCUGAUGGUGUUGAAUGUACCUUUGCGUACAAUAUCUUGGGAUGGGUGACGAUUGAUGAUGUUGUUGGUAUUACUGCAAUUGAAAAUCCGGAAACAAAUUCAACAUACUCGAAUUUCACGGAAUGGUGUUUAGCUGAUUCGAACAAUACCGAAUUUUCUGGUGAUGCUCAAUCUGGUGAGAUGGUUACGGGAUUGCCAUUUUGGGAAGAUCCUUUAAACUCGACGGCCAAUGCUGCUCGUGCUGAGGCGGUGAUUGCAACGUACAUUAAAACACUAUCAUCGGGUUCGACACAGAUUGAAAGUUCAGUCAUUGCUGCCUUUCAUGCGCUACCUACGCCAGAAGAACUUGCUUCAAGCAAUCCACCAUGCUAUCAAACUGUCGAGUCUUGUGGAUCAGGUAAUGGAUGUAAACGUGUGGGAUACUCUCAACUUUGUACUGAAUGCAGUGCCAAUGAAACAUGUUCCACUGGAGGAAGUGGCUUUGAGUUUCCAAAACUUUCGAAGGCGUUUACGACACUACCUGAUGACGAGACGACAACUCCGAAUUUGAAUCGUAAAGGAGGCACUGGUUCUGGAUCAACUACUGGCACUUCUGAUGCUUCCGCUUCUUUUGUAUUCACUGCUUCGUCGAUGGUAUUUGGUCUCAUCAUGGCAAUGCUUGCUCUUUGA